CUCGCGAGACCGUACGAGAUCCAAUAUGGCGGCGCCUAUCUGUCCGAGCUUCUCUCCUCUGUCAUAAAACUUUGGUUUCUUUUCUAUUUUUCUUCAUCUACUGUUUCUUCUUCACUAUAAACCGGACCACAGCACCGCAGCAACCGGAACAAAACAUCGACGGGUGUUUCUACAGAAUCUGAAUCAUGAACAAGGACGAUACAGCCGGAGCGAACACGGGAAUAACCCGCUCGACUCGGAGCAACAAAAGACUCCGACAGAGUUCACCCUCCAGCUCAGAUGUCCAACAGCUGUUUGCGAUUAAAGAAGAGGUUUCCCCGGAGUGGUGCCCUAGCCAGGAACAGAUGGACCCGGAGCCCCUACACAUAAAGGAAGAACAGGAAGAACACUGGACCAGUCAGAAGGGAGGGCAGCUUAAUGGACUGAAGGAGACUGAUAUGUCCAGGUUCCCAUCCACUGCUGUUCCUGUGAAGACUGAAGAUGAUGAAGAGAAACCGCAGCGUUCAGAGCUUCAUCAAAGCCAAACUGAGGACAACAGAGAGGCAGAGCUUCCAGCCAGCAGCUCAAAAACACAGAUAAAAACUGAAACUGAUGAAGAGUACAGUGGAGGAUCUGAACCUGCCAGGAACCAAGAACCAGAUAGUCAUCCACAGCUCAAUACUGAUGAAGAGGGUUCAGACUGUUCUGAGACUGAUGUCAGUUCUGGUGAGUGGCAAGAUUCUGGACCUGAAACUAAAGGGAGUGACAGUGGGUCGGAGGAGACCAGGACGCCCCAUUCGGCUUUAAAUGCUCAGAAAAACAUGGAAACUCCUGUAAGUGAUGUUGGAUGUAAUGCUGGUGAAAGAGUUCUGAAAGGAGAUAAACUAUUUGGUUGUGAUGUUUGUGGUAAAAGAUUUACAGUACUUGGAAGUCUGAGGAGGCACAUGAGAAUCCAUGCCGGAGUGAAACCAUUCAGUUGUGAUGUUUGUAGGAAGAGAUUCAUCCGGCAGGGACAUCUGAAGAGACACAUGAAAGUCCACACAGGAGAGAAACCAUUUAGUUGUGAUGUUUGUGGAAAAAGACUUGGGGACCGGCAAGGUCUGCAGAGACACAUGAGCAUUCAUACAGGAGUGAAACCAUUCAGUUGUGAUGUUUGUAGGAAGAGAUUCAUUCGGCAGGGACAUCUGAAGAGACACAUGAGAGUCCACACGGGAGAGAAACCAUUUGGUUGUGAUGUUUGUGGAAAAAGACUUGGGGACCGGCAAAGUCUGAGGGGACACAUGAGAGUUCACACAGGAGAGAAACCAUUUGCUUGUGAUGUUUGUGGGAACAGAUUCAUCCUGCAGGGACAUCUGAAGAGACAUGUGAGAUUCCACACAGGAGAGAAAACAUUCAGUUGUGAUGUUUGUAGGAAGAGAUUCAUCCAGCAGGGACAUCUGAAGAGACACAUGAGAGUCCACACAGGAGAGAAACCAUUUGGUUGUAGUUACUGUGCGGAAAGCUUUAGAUGUCAGGGAAAUCUGAAGAGACACAUGAGAGUCCACACAGGAGAGAAACCAUUUGGUUGUAAUAUUUGUGGAAAAGGAUUUGGGGAAGGGGAAAGUCUGAGGAGGCACAUGAGAGUCCACACAGGGGCGAAACCAUUUGCUUGUGAUGUUUGUGGGAACAGAUUCAUCCAGCAGAGCCAUCUAACUAGACACAUGAGAGUCCACACAAGAGAGAAACCAUUUGGCUCUGGCGCUUGUGGAAAACGACUUGCACAACGGAAAAGCCUUAGUACACACAAGAGAGUCCACACAGGAGAGAAACCAUUUACUUGUGUUAAUUGUGGGGAAAGGUUUACAAGACAGGGAAAUCUGAAGAGACACAUGCUAGUUCACACAGGAGAGAAACCAUUUAGUUGUGGCUAUUGUGGGAAAUGUUUUACAACACAGGGAAGUCUGAAGAGACACAUGAGAGUCCACACAGGAGAGAAAUGUUUGUGACAUUUGUGGUUGCCAUGAAAAAUAAAGAACAGUUACAAGAAUC